AUGUCUUCUAUAGAAACAUAAUAGGAACUGAACAAGUUUUUUAUAUUAGUAGUAAAUGGAAUGAGAUAGAGACGAUUAGAAAAGUGUUUAGAAUUCAUUUAAGAAAUCACAGAUCAUAAAUAUAUACCUCCAUUUUUUAAAAAUGCUGUUUGUAGAAUAGAGUAGCUUUAAGUUUACUUGCAAUCCUUUGGAAUAGACACGUAAAUAUAUGAAUUGAAAGACCUGAUUGGAAGACUAGGAGGAUUUGAAGAUAGAUUAUUAUUCAGUCAAUUUCAGGAUAGAUAUCUGAGAUACCCAGGCAACAUGGAGAAAAAAGAAGCAGAAAUCUCAUUCUUAAGAUUACUAUAUGAAGAGGUUUAAUUAGAGAGGUAGUUGGAUGAGCAAAGAGUAAGAAUUUUUAAAAGAUGGGAUUACAAUUUAGAUAUACUCUUUAGUAAAUUAUCCUUAGGAAGCAAUUCUGUGGAUUUUAAUAAGAUGAAAAAGUUUUUUGUGCGUAUUAGAUAGAACGUCGUUGAUGAAGAAAUCAAAUUAUUAUUAAAAAGAGUAGGCAAUGGAGAUGGCACUAUAAUGAGUUUAGAUGAUUUUAGAUAGGCUCUCAAAACACAAAAAUAAAGGGCUAUGGAUAAGAGUUAAAUUCCCAUGAUGAAAACUAGUAUUGUUUUCAAUAAACAAAUAAACAAUACGAAUUAUAUGGAUCGAUUAAGAAGAAGAUAUAAACCAAUUUAAGCAUAACAAUCCUUCAUAUAAAAAGAUGGUUGUUAAACUCCAAGAGCUAAAACACCAACUCCUUGUCGCGAUACUGAGAUAAAACAAACAAGAACCAAAACUCCGAAUUAAUUAACAGAACAAAAAGUAUAUGUUAAUAAUGAAAGCAAAGAAAUCAAUACACUUAUGUCCAUUUAUUUAAAUUAAUAAAGAUGCUUACAGAAUGUAUUAUUGCAAUUGGAUGAAGUUGCCCUCUUAAAGUCUUUGCAUUCAACUGAUUGGCACAAAGAAUGGUAAACCUUUAGUGUGAACUCAUAAGGGAUAUCUUAUGAACACUUUAUUAAUGUUCUGACAUAUUAUGAUUAGAGAAAGCCAUUCAAAGACAAAGUUAACAUCAUUGAUCUACCCACAUCUGCUCUUACGGUGGCAGAUAAUCUCUUCUAAUUAUUAAGAGAUUAAGAAAAUUAAAUUCAAAAAUCUAGAAUUUAGUACUCAAAAUAAGACUAAAUUAAUUCAUUAGACAAAUAUUUUGCAAAAGGAUAUAUGGAUGUAUUAGAUGUUUUAUAGAUUUUACAAAAGUGCACAAUAACUAAUGUCAAUUUAUAAGAUGCAGAGUUGAUAAUUGCCAGGUUUAAUCAAUUUAAUGGAAAGAAACAAAUUACAAAAGAAGUAUUUUUUAAUGAAAUUACUUGA